AUGUCUAAUGAUCAAGACGAGGAAUCUUCCCCCGGCAAGGAAAUCAUACACAAAUUGAAAAUUUUAAACGAAGCCACCUCACCCUACAACUGGUUGCAAGAUGCAAACGUUUACAAUAAGCAAUUCUUUCAGGUUCCGUACGAAUGGUUUGUGAACAACUCUGAUAUUAUCAUAGCUUUCUUCACAGCUAAAGGUAUAGAUUUCAAAGGCAUGAUAUCUAAAUUUUACGAAACGUAUGAAAACGCUAAGCUUGUAAAUCUACCAAUAGAAGUAAUCUAUAUUCCAGUGGACGAAACAGAAGACGAUUUCAAACAGUCUUACGAAGAACAAGCCAAUUGGUUCACUCUUAAAUUUAAUGAUAAAUUAAUCCCUUUACUGAUAUUCAUGUAUGGUAUAUCAUCAUUGCCACAUCUUAUGGUGACAAGAGUUGAUGGUACCAUAAUAAGCCACUGCGGGCUCUUAGAUUUGGAAGAGUACGGCAGAAACGUUCUUAUAUCAUGGCUAACGGCUUCUUCGAGCAACAAAACACAUCGGAGGUUGAGCAAGGAGACUAUGUAUGGUCCUGUUUGGCGUUAUUUGACCAGCAAUGGGCCUACAAACGAAAGAGGGCCUGAAUACCGCAGGAAGUUUAGUACACAGAUAAACAAUUUGCCACCUCCUUUAGAGUCAGAGGAAUCGUGA